AAUUGCAAUUUAAUUUUAUUUAUGUAAUUACUGUGCGUUAAGCCUCCCGCAAAUGGAGAACCUGUGCCGAACGUGCAUGUCCACCGUGGACGGCACCGACGACAAAUGCUCCAUCUCCGUGUACAGCGACACGGAAAUGAACGACACCGUUGCCGGCUUGCUGAACACUUUCUGCUCGAUGGAGAUCGCCCCGGACGACCCGCUGCCCAAGCAAAUCUGCCCCGGCUGCGUGCACGAGCUGCUCACCGUGAUCAACUUCCGGCGCCGGUGCGAACAGUCGGAGCAAAGUCUGCGCCAGCUGGUGCUGGAGCAGGAAACGGCGGCGAUUGCGGCGGAGGCCGCCGUCAUCUACUUUGAGCCGAUCGAGGUGGACCACAAGCCGGAUGUGCUGCAGGAGGCGGAGGAGUUGGUGGGGGAGCCGGAGGAACAGGAUGAGGUUCUGCUGGAGCAGCCUUACAGCGUCGUUGAGAUGAUGAGCUUCCGGUGCUGUUUGUGCGCGGGGAUUUUGCUGUACAGCGAGGAGGAGUAUCGGGGACACGUUCAGCAGGUUCACGGGAUGGAUGUGACGGAAGUCGACGGAGCGGAGCAGAGGUGCGUCAUUUGUCUACGGAGUUUUGAAAGUGGAGACGAGCUGGAACAGCAUCAGGGAAAGCGAUUCAUGGAACUUUACCAAUGCAACAGUUGUGAGGACAUUUACGAAAGUAUAGAAGAUGUAACGCAGCACUUUGGAGAGGUUCAUGAAGUUAGUGAGGUUCAACAACUACCGGUUAAACCGGAGGUUGAAGAAGAACCGCUGGUUGAGGAAGUCCCAGCGAAGAAGAUAAAACUAGAAGAAAAUUCUGAACGUUACUGCUGCGUAACGCACUGCCAUGAGGUCUUCAGCGGCGAGCAGGAGUUGAUUGCCCAUGCCCAGGAAAAGCACGAAAUCAAAAUAAAUCACAACCGAGCCAAGACGGAACCGGACAAACCAUUUACCUGCAACGUCUGCUUCCGGUCGUUUGGGUCGGUCAAGAACUUGAAAGUGCACCAAUUCGUCCGCGCCAACCACAACCAGGGAAAACACUUCAGCUGUGGUCACUGCCCGUUCCGAGCGGUGAGUGCCGCCCUCUUAACCGUCCACGAGCGGUCCAAACACAGUGGAGAACGGCCCUUCGAGUGUCCCCACUGCGAAAAGCGGUUCUUCAGCGAGCUCCACCUCAAGAACCAUCUCGUUUGCCAUUCCACAGCUCGGCCCUUUCCCUGCACCUCGUGCGACCGAAGUUUCAGCCGCAAACGCAACAUGGAAGAGCACAUCCGGUCCUGCCACUCGGAAGACAAACCCUUCCACUGUGACCAAUGUCCGGCACGCUUUAAAGUGCCCCAGCAUCUUCGAAUCCACGCUCGCAUCCACUCGGGAGAAAAGCCGUACCAGUGCCAGUUCUGUACCAACAGUUACUACCACAUAUCGGACAAAAAGCGCCACGAAAUGUCCCACACGGGAGUGCGUCCCUAUCGGUGUGAAACGUGCGGAGCCGCCUUCACUCGGAAGCGCACGUUGACCAUUCACGAGCGGACGCACACCGGCCUCAGGCCAUUCAAGUGCGAGCUUUGCUCGAAAGGAUUCUGCCAGAUGUCGACGUACAAGAAGCACAUGGAGCGGCACGAAGGGAUGGAGGCGGCGGGGAUGGUGGACCUGGUGGAGAUUUGCGACGACGGGUCGGUGGAGUCGGAUGAGGGGGAGGUGGUGAUGGAGGAAGAGGGAUAACGUGUAAUUUAUUGUAUAUUGUUUUGUUUAAAAAAAGAAAAGUCAAGACAUACAAGAGAAUCUAAAAAAAUACGAAAAAAAUAU